AUGGCGGGUGUUCCAUACUCCUCAGCAGUCGGGAGUUUGAUGUAUGCCAUGGUCUGUACCAGACUACAUACCGCUCACGCGUUUGGAAUUGUUAGCAGGUAUCUUUCCAAUCCUGGGAAGGAUCAUUGGGAAGCUGUGAAGUGGAUCUUGAGGUACCUAAAAGGUAGUGCAAAUAAAUGCUUGAGCUUCAACAAAGAAAACCCAGUUCCUGAAGGUUAUACAGAUGCAGAUAUGACAAGUGAUCUGGAUAGUAGAAAAUCUACUUCAGAGUUUGUGUUUACAUUUGCAGGAGGACAUGUAUCAAUCUAA